AUGUUGCACCUGAGGAUUGUGGCUAUCACAGUAUUUUUACUUGUGACUGCUACCAGACAAGAUGAUGAUAUAGGUUACUUUUGGCAUUUAAGUGAUAUUCACUGUGAUUUAAAAUAUGUAAAUAAAUCAUGUAAUCUUCCAUAUGGUAAUUAUUCUUGUGAUUCUCCACUCGAACUCGCUUUAAAUGCAAUCAAUGCAACUAGAAUGUUAUUUGCUAAAACACCAGAUUUCGUUAUUUGGAGCGGUGAUAAUGGGCCACACGAUGACAGUUUGACAUCCGACCAACUUUUGGAUGGCAUCAGGUUAAUAAGUAAAGCGUUGAAACAAUCAUUUCCAGUCGAUGAAGUUUACAUUCUACCUGUAUUAGGUAAUCAUGAUGUUGUGCCUGCAAAUACUAUGGAAAUUACACCACAAAGUCGUUCACGUUUUGACUUGUGUCACAAACUUGGUAAUGAUGUAGAUUUAUGGGGUAAAUGGAUUAAUCAUCGACAAAAGAACCACUCAUCAUCAUCACGUCCCUCUUCUUCUUCCUUCUCAUCAGAAAAUUCAUUAGAUUUUCCAAUGGCUAAUUUCUCACAAACUUGUUUCUUCUCACAUUAUCUUGUAUAUAAUACUACUUCAUACAAUCAUUCUAAUACUGAUAGAAACAAUCAUAACUCUGAAAUUUCUUAUCAACCUAAUUUAGUUCUAAUCAGUUUAAAUGGUCUAAUCUGGUAUCAAGGUAAUAUAUUAGCUGGUACUAAUGAUCCAGAUCCAUUGGGUCAAUUAAAUUGGCUUCGACAAACAUUUGAAUGGGCAAGAAAACGAAAGGAUAAUGUUUUACUUGUUAGUCACUUUCCUCCGGGUGCUUCAGAAAAUGCUCCACAAUGGUAUCAAUUUCUUCGUCCAGAAAUUAAUGAUCAAUUUGUGAAUAUAUUAAUUGAUAAUGCAGAUUUAUUAAUGACUGGAUUAUUUGCCCAUGAACAUGUGGAUAGUUUUCGAUUAUUAGUAUCUAAGUCAAAUGUACCAUUAGCAUCUUUAUUUCUUAUGCCUUCCAUUUCUCCAUUAAUGUUACAUGGAUUAGGUGAUUUUAAUCCACGUAUUCGAUUAUAUCGAUUUAAACGUUCCACAAUGACUCUAUUAGGUUAUUCACAAUAUUAUUUUAAUUUACAAAAUCAAUUAUUCAAUUCUGAUCCAUUGAAUCAUUGGCAAUUAGAAUAUGAUACAAUGAAUACGUAUCAUUUAAUUGAUUUAUCUGCAAAUUCAUUAAAUCUAUUAUGGUAUAAUUUUUCUAAAGAAGAUAAUCAUUAUUGGUCAAAAUAUUGGAAUUAUGAAUUAGGCGGUCGAUCACAUGUAUUCAAACCAAAUUAUCUUACAGAGAAUGGUCUUUGUCCACGAGCCAAAUCCCAAUGUCGAUGUGAUCAUUUAUGUGCUAUGCGAUUUUUGAUUAGAUCCGAUUUAACUAAAUGUCUUCAAUUAUGUAAAGAUAUAAAAUAUAUUCAAGAUAAUGAAGUAGUUGGCAAUGAUGAUGAUAAUAGUCUUCAACAUCCAAUGUUUGCCGAUUCUGCUGUUAAUUAUCGUAAUAGAAAUAGCACCUAUUUAAAUCAUUCAAUUAACAAUCAAACAAGUAUUACAAAUUUUAAUGAACGUAGUAGUCUACCAUAUAUUAUUGGUGUGAUUGUUGCCUUUCUAGUGGUAUUAGUCGGUAUUGUCUUAAUUGUUAAUCGUGAAGUAUGUAAUCGACAUAGAGUUUAUCAUCAGCGUACAUCAUUGCUGGCCAGUGUUAUCGGUAUCAAUGGAACUAAUUCUGGAGAUGUCGGUGGAAAUGGUCUAUUUUUAAAUACAAUCAAUGGUGCAUUACCCAGCUCUUCAUUUCUUCAUGGAUCACGUUCAGUUGCUAAAGGUAACGAUCAUUGUACCGGUGGUUCGUGUAUUGAAUUGCGUACAGCUUUUCAUCCAUCCUAUGAUGACUUCUAUCCGGAAUAUCUUAAUAAAUCUGUCACAUCUUUAAAUGCAGUCACAUUCUCCAACGGUACUACUACUUCUACUAAUAAUAAUAAUAAUCAUAAAGAAUCAGAUCGGAUGAUGAAUCAAUACAAUGUAGAGAAUUCCUUUACUGCGUUGGAACAUAAUGAUACAAUCCUGUCGCCAUCUCAUAUGAUUUCCUACUAUGAAAAUCCUAGUGAUAAUAGUAGUAGUAGUAGUAAUAAUAAUAAUAAUAAUAACCAAAGCAUAAAACAAAAGUAUAUUAGUAAACGAUAUUCCCUACCGAAUUAUGCUUAUUUUAAAAAAUACCUAUCUAGUCAUAUUAAUCCAACUGGUCGAAUGGUGUAUGUAGUGAAUCAACUGUUUGAUCGUUGUGGGCACACUAGUAGUCGGGUAAGUCAUAUUCACAAUAAUGAUACUGUUAAUAAUAAUAGUAAUAAUAUCAAAGCAAACACUACUAAUACUUACAUUAGUAAUUGUAAUGAUACUGAACAAUAUGUGUUCAAUAAAAUCUCAUCAACUGAUGAGAAAAGUUAUACAACAUCUGAAAGAUCAUCCAAUAGUCAACAUACACAAUCACAAAACAUUUAUCAUCAUCACCAAUAUCAAAAAGAGGAUCUUCAUUAUCGUCAAAACAACAGUUGCCUUCCUGAAGAUUAUUAUGCUGAUGAUGAAGCGUUCGGUGAUGAAGACCAUAGUGAUCUUCAUCAUAAGAGUCAUGUUUAUUAUCAUUCACAGAAAGAUCAGAACAACAAAGCAAAUAAUAUCUGUACUGAUACAGUUGCUGAUAGGGAUAAUCAUCAAGAUCAAAGAGAAUUAUCAAUAUCAUCACAAACUGGUUAUCAUCAAUUAACUAAUGAUAAAAAGUUUAAAUUAAAUCAAAUAAAAAAACAAUUCAAUUCUCAUCAAAGUCACCGACAUCAUCAUCAUCAUCAUGAUCAUCAUCCUCAUGAACAACGUCAACAUGAUGAUGAUGAUGUUCAUUGUAAAAGUAGUACCAAUGAUGAAGAUCAUGAUUCAUUGAAUGAUCAUCUUUUUCAUUAUGAUCAAGAAUCAAAACUUCUUAAUAAUAAUGUUCAUAUUGGUAGAAGAAAAUAUUUCAAAGAUCAUAAAUUCACAUUUUGUCGUACAAAAUCAACUAAUCCAAAUGAUUCAUUCAAUAAACAUCAUGUUAUAAAUCAUUCAUCAUUUUCAUCAUCCUAUUCAUCACCUUUAAAAUCAUCUAAUCAUAUAGUACAUAGUCAAUCAUUAGAUCUAAAUGAAAUGAAUCCUAAUUCUACUAAAGACAAUACUACUUUAUGCAGUAGUAGUAGAAAACAUAAAUCUAAACAUAAUGUAAAUAAUCUAUUAACAUCUUCAUUGACAUGUUUACCAAAUGAAUUAGAUAUUCAUUUAGAGAAUAAAAUGGAAAUGAUUCAACAACAAAAUUUUGAUCAUUAUCGUCAUCCUAAUCAGCAUCUAUAUGAACAGUCACAUUCAAGUUAUACAUCACCGUCUAAAUAUCGACCACAAUUUUCAUUAUCACCAUCUUCAUUGAUAACAGGAUCAUCAAAAACACCAAAACAUAAUCAUGAUCGUGAUCGUGAUCAUCACUUGUAUCCGGAUCAACAUAUUCUUAUCUCAUUAUCAUUACCAAAUCAAACGGAUCAAAAAUUAUCAUCGAAUUUAGAUCAUUUAAAUAGAAAUAAUGAUGGAUUACAACAUGAUGAUAUGAAUGAUAGAAAUCAUUUAAGUAAUAAUAAUAAUAAUAGUAACAUUAUCUCUUUGAAGAAUUUUCCUUCAACUACAAAACAUGUAUCCAUUGUAAAUAUACCUAAAUGUGAUUAUGUUCGAAUGUCUAGUUAAUGAUUGUUUUUGGCCUAUUGUAUUUGUUUGUCUAUGUAAAUAUGAUUUCUCUUUUAUUGUUUCUCACUCUUUUCUCCCUUUUGUUCUCGGUCUCGUUCUCCUUCUCUUUUCCUUUGAAUUAAUAGUGACGAGUCAUUUGAACAACGCACAAAUUUACACACGAUAAAUGAUUUCAUUUAUGGAUGGGGGUUUGUGUAUGUGUGUAUUAUGUUGAAUCUGAAAUCCUUUGAAAGGUAUUUACACCUUUUUAUUUAUCCAUUUUUGUUUGUUUGGAAUCUGUUUUGUUCAAAUGUUAAUCUUGUCAUAAAAAAAAGAAAAUACACAACUAUUUAAUAUAAACUUUCUAUGUUAUAUGGAUGCGUAUGCAUAAUGCUUAUUCUCAAUGAAUUCCCCUCUCCUCCCCUUCUCCUCCCCCCUCCAUCAUGACAACUAUACAUUUAUGUACUCAUUUCUUUUUUUCUUUCAAGAGCAUAACUACUCUUUAAUUCUAUUUGAAGAGAAGGAGAACGUAUUCGCUCUAUCUAGUCUGUUGAUUAAUAUAAGAGAAUGUAUCUAUGGUAAUGAUUAUUAUUCAUUUAUGAAUAUUAUUGUAUCCAUGUGAAUUAGUUAGGUGAUUAAGGUAGUUUUUAUUACAAAUAAUUUACACUUAUUAUCAAUGAUAUUUUAAUUUAAUUUUGUUGAUUAUUAAAAACUGAUUGCUCAUUGUAUAGAUUUUUUGUCCUUCUUUCCUUCCUUCCUUCCUUCCUUCCUUCCUUCCUUCCUUCCUUCCUUCCUUCCUUCCUUCCUUCCUUUCUUUCUUUCUUUCUUUCUUUCUUUCUUUCUUUCUUUCUUUCUUCGCCUUCUUGUUUUAUCCAGAAUAAAAUCCAAUCAGUGUUAUGUGUAUAUUGUAGGUGUACUUAUAAUGAUUUCAUUUUCAUACUGAUCCUCUUUAUUGUAUUCCCUUGUUGUUCUUGUUUUUGUUGGCCUGAUUUUUCUCAACUUCCAUACUAUGUGUAAUUUAAUUAGGUGAUUGGGGUUAUGUUUAAGUCAACUUUCAUUGAUAUAACAUACAAUAAUAACAAUGAACAAGUAGAAUAAAACAAUCUAUUUGUACAUAUAUCUAUA